AUAUUCCUUCUUUGUUUUGUAAUAUAUGGAGAAUAUUUCCUCUGUAGUAUUCUUCGUGAAGCAAUUUUACAAAUAUUCGAAUUCUAAUUUUUCCUUUUUUUGAACGUCUGAUGAUCAUUCGUGCACAAGAAUCUCAUCAGGGCAUGAUAGGUACGAUAUUUUGAUUUGCUCAGUAUACGAUAUUUCUAUGAUUAUUCUUCCUUCAAUUGUUUUCAAAGGUUAACCAGAAAUGUGUUUCGAAAACAUUUUUAACUCUUCAUCUCUCAACUUCUUCAUGAAUAUUUCUGCUUAUCUAUCAAGUGAGAGCAAAUUAAUGUAAAUUUUAAGAGUAAGCUAUUGGAUCUAUAACUGAAGAGGAUAAUAGAGAUGAUGAGUUCUACUUCUCCAACACAACUUGCAUCUUUAAGAGACAUGGGAAUCUAUGAGCCAUUUCAACAAAUUGUCGGUUGGGGAAAUGUUUUCAAAUCUGAUAUCAAUGAUCAUAGUCCCAAUACUGCUACUUCCUCAAUUAUUCAGGUUGAUCCUAGAAUUGAUGAUCACAACAACCUCAAGAUGAAUUAUGAUUCUUCGCAUAAUCAGAACGAAGCAGAACAACCUUCUAGUAAUGACAAUCAAGAUGAUGAUGGCAGGAUUCAUGAUAAGAUGAAACGGCGUUUAGCACAGAACCGUGAAGCUGCUCGCAAAAGUCGUUUGAGAAAGAAGGCUUAUGUUCAGCAGUUAGAAGAAAGCCGGUUAAAGUUAUCGCAGUUAGAGCAAGAACUCGAAAAGGCUAAACAGCAGGGAUUAUGCGUUCGCAACUCGUCAGAUUCAAGCUACUUAGGACCAUCUGGGAGUAUUAACACAGGGAUUGCUUCAUUUGAGAUGGAAUAUUCACACUGGCUUCAAGAACAAAGCAGGAGAGUUAGCGAACUACGAACAGCGCUUCAAUCUCAUAUAAGCGACAUAGAACUCAAGAUGCUAGUAGAGAGUUGCUUGAACCAUUACGCGAAUCUGUUUCGAAUGAAAUCUGAUGCAGCAAAAGCCGAUGUUUUCUACUUGAUAUCGGGAAUGUGGCGAACUUCAACUGAAAGGUUCUUUCAAUGGAUUGGAGGAUUUCGUCCAUCCGAGCUUUUAAACGUUGUGAUGCCUUAUCUUCAACCAUUAACCGAUCAACAAGUCUUGGAAGUGCGAAACCUCCAACAAUCAUCACAACAGGCAGAGGAUGCUCUGUCUCAAGGGAUUGAUAAACUUCAACAGAGUUUAGCUGAUAGCAUUGUGAGUGAUGCGGUUAUCGAGUCCACGGAUUAUCCCGCUCACAUGGCUGCAGCAAUAGAGAAUCUUCAAGCAUUAGAGGGAUUUGUGAAUCAAGCAGAUCAUCUGAGGCAACAAACUUUGCAGCAAAUGGCGAAAAUCUUGACGACAAGACAAUCGGCUCGAGUUAUGAGCAAUCUUCGAGCUAUUUGUAGACCACACACUGUUUUCUCUUCGAUCGUGUGUUGUAGUAGACACCAAAGUCGAUCACUUUUUAGGGUUUCGAUGAAAAACGCCGCCUUUAGAAACCGAGUAUCGAAUUCGUCUUGGUUUAGGUCUAAAGAAGAUUCGAAUCUUUGGUUUCGUUUGAAUCAGAGGAAGACUCUAGUUAGGGCAUCGAAUUGGAGCGAAGAGAAAUCUCCGUACGAUACUCUUGAGUUGGAUCGAGAUGCAGAGGAAGAGCAGAUUAAGGUAGCAUACAGAAGAUUAGCCAAAUUCUAUCAUCCUGAUGUUUAUGAUGGAAAGGGGACUCUUGAAGAAGGAGAGACAGCAGAAGCAAGAUUCAUCAAGAUUCAGGCGGCAUACGAGCUGCUCAUGGACUCAGAAAAGAAAAGACAAUAUGAUAUGGAUAACCGAGUGAAUCCGAUGAAGGCAUCUCAAGCUUGGAUGGAAUGGUUGAUGAAAAAGCGUAAAGCGUUUGAUCAGAGAGGCGACAUGGCUAUUGCAGCUUGGGCUGAGCAACAACAGCUUGAGAUAAACCUUCGUGCUCGUCGCCUUUCACGUUCUAAGGUGGAUCCGGAAGAAGAAAGGAAGAUAUUGGAGAAGGAGAAGAAAGCAUCGAGAGAGUUAUAUAACAGCACUUUAAAGCGACACACGCUAGUGUUGAAGAAAAGAGAUCUAAUGCGAAAGAAAACAGAGGAAGAUAAGAAAAAGCUCAUCACUCAGCUACUAGCAGCAGAAGGUCUCGAGCUUGCUUCUGAAGAAGAUGAGGAAGAAGCAGCCAAGUAAGAUCCCAAACAUUUUGGAAGCGUCAUCUUCGAUAUCUACUUCAAGUAAUUAAGCACUUGGUACUUGCUCCCUCUCUCUCAUUCUCUUGUAGUAUAAACAUACAUGUAAAUA